CUGGGUCUCCACGGAGGCCGCCUGGAGCCGGGGAGCGGGUACCUUUCGAGGCUCUGAAUCCGGCGAGGGUGUAAGCCCGCGCGCAAUCUGCGCGCCCGACACGGCGGCGAUGCCGGCGUCCGCGCCGCGCUCUGACACCCAGCCCGGGCUCCUCCGGGGGCGGCUGGACGGUGGCUUCCUGACUCCAGGCUUGGUCUGAAGCACGGCUGCUGCGCGUUCGGAUCCAGCCCCGGGCUGCGUUUGCACCGCUGACGCGCAUCGGCCUUUCCAGAUCGGCACCCCGUAUCCCGAGGCCACCCCCCCGGCCCGGCCACCCCCCAACGGCCGCAGCAUGGACGUGAACAUGACGCGCCCGGACAACGCCACCAUCCUGAUGCUGCGCGACCCGGCCAUCGCGGUGGUGCUGCCCGUGGUGUACUCGCUGGUGGCGCUGGUGAGCAUCCCCGGCAACCUGUUCUCGCUGUGGGUGCUGUGCCGGCACAUCGGGCCCAAGACGCCGUCGGUCGUCUUCAUGAUCAACCUGAGCGUCACGGACCUCGCGCUGGCCUGCGUGCUGCCCUUCCAGAUACACUACCACUGCAACGGCAACCACUGGGUGUUCGGCGUGCUGCUCUGCAACGCCGUCACCGUGGCCUUCUACGCCAACAUGUACUCGUCCAUCCUCACCAUGACCUGCAUCAGCGUGGACCGCUUCCUGGGCGUCGUGUACCCGCUGGCGUCCGCACGGUGGCGCCGCCGCCGCUACGCGCUGGCCGCCUGCGCCGCCACGUGGCUGCUGCUGCUGGCGGCGCUGUCCCCGCUGGCGCGCACCGACCUCACCUACGCCGUGGACGCGCUGGGCAUCGUCACCUGCUUCGACGUGCUCAAGUCCAACAUGCUGCCCAGCGUGGCCAUGUGGGCCGCCUUCCUCUUCACGCUGUUCGUCCUGCUCUUCCUGGUGCCCUUCGUGAUCACCGUGGCCUGCUACACCGCCACCAUCCUGACGCUGCUGCGCUCCGCCGACCCCCACGGCCGCGCGCAGCGCCGCCGCGCCGUCUCCCUGGCCGCCGUGGUGCUGCUGGCCUUCGUGGCCUGCUUCGCGCCCAGCAACUUCGUGCUGCUGGUGCACAUGGUCAGCCGCCUCUUCCUGGGCCGCAGCUACUAUCACAUCUACAAGCUCACGCUCUGCCUCAGCUGCCUCAACAACUGCCUGGACCCCUUCGUCUACUACUUCGCGUCCAGCGAGUUCCAGCUGCGCCUCCGCGACUACCUGGGCUACGGCCCGCUGCCCGCCGCCGACAGCCCCGACAGCCGCCGCGAGAGCCUCUUCUCCGGGCGGACGCUGUCCGCGCGCUCCGUGGAUGAGCACGAGGCGCCCGAGAGGCCCAGGGUGAGACGGCAGGAGAGCGUGUUCUGAGACAGGCACCCCUCAUGGCGAGUGCAGGGUGGGGGGCGUUGAGGGACAGCAGGGGUCUUUGCGGCCUGUUUUCGGUCACUCCGGGCGCUCUGGGAUUCAUCCGGAUCACGCUCUGCCUGCCGCCUCCCUGCCGAGCGCCCCCAGCCACGGCAGGUCCUCCUGGGGUCUGCCGGGGUUCCUGGCCUGACCCCUGCGAUCCUUUGAGGACCCGGCCAGACCAGCGAGCACACGAGCCCGCAGCAGCACCCCCCCCCCCAUCCGCAGCUGUGAGGUUUUGAAAAGAUGAUGGACCCCAGUUCCUGCAGCGCCCGGGAUGCUGAGACAGCAGGUCGUCAGGGUCUGCCUGAAACACCCUCUGCGCAUCAGAGGGAGAAACAUAGGAUAAGUUCAGGGUUCCCUCGUGGGGGGAGGGGGCGGGGCGGGGAAGAAAACAGCUCUGAAGCCCCUAAGGUGAGACCUGGCAGGGACCAGCGGGGAGGGGCUUGGGGAGAACCCCCAGGGCAGCGCGGCUGCAAAGCUCGUGACAUCCGCCCCCAUCGGACCUCAGAGAUGCUGGUGGGAUUGUGAGCCGAUGUUACGGGAGCAGUUGGUCCCUGGACAUCAUUGCCUGGGAACUGUGUAGCGCAGUACAUAGUGUCCCAACCCCACAAAUCCACGUCUGCCCGGAAUAUCAGAGUGUGACCCACAGGAUCAGGGUGGUCCUAGACCCCGUGACAGGGUCCUUAAAAGACACCCAAGAGGAGAGACAUGGACACAGAGAUGGGAGGGAGGCGGCCGCCAGCCCAGGGAUGGACUCCUGGAGCCCCCGGAAGCUGGAAGAGGCGGGGAGGACCCUCCCCUGGAGCCGCUGCAGGGAGCCCAGCCCCGGAACACCCUGACCUUAGACGUGUGGUCCCCAGGACCCGGGGAGGGUGGAUACCUGUCUGGGGCGUUAAGCCCCUCAUUUAUAGAACUCUCACAGCCGCCCUAGGAGACCCCCGCAGUCUGCGAUUCUGAGACUGGGCCUCUGGCCACGGGCCGGGUGAUUCUAGGGGCCGCAGUGCCUGGUGCUGGCUCCCAGCGUGGGACCUGCGUAGGGCAGUCCAUGCUCUUGGUGGGGAGAAGGACUCGCCUGGGGGUCCCAUCCAUCCCCAUCCCCACCAUGGGAGGCCCACACAGAGGACAGUGUCCAAGCCAGUCCGCAGUGUUUGCACAGGGCAGAGACCCACCGUUUGCUGCUUUCAGAAUGCCGGCCAGACAUGCCCCCCCGCCUGAGAAAGGACGUGUGCCACGGGUGGCGGGAGAAGGGCUGGCUUCAAGGACUCGGAACACCCCAGGAUGGCGUGUGGUCCACCCGCUCUUCCCGACUGUUCCCAGAGCCAAGCCCCUAGAAAGUCAAGUCACCACGACAACAGUCCGCAGGCAGAAAAACCCUGACCCAGCAAGACAGUGGCAGCCACGUCCUGCGAGUGGGCUUCCAGCGUCUGACUCUGAAAAGCUGUGAAAACCUCAAACCACCGUCACGGAACCGUCUUCUUGCUGAGCUGAGAACAAGCAUCACCGUUUGAAUUUGGAGGAAGCCGGUCUAAUCGAUAACACUGCCCCUCACCACUCCCACCCACCAGCCUGCAAUGGGCGUGAUGUCCAUCCAGCCUCUGGGUCCCAGACAGCUCAGGUCACAUUUCGUCACCUUCGUCACCAUCGUCACCAACAGUUCGCUGUCCAGCCCCUCAGGGCCACCGACAUCUCCCUGAUUUCUGCGUCCCAAGGACCCCCAGUUCCACUGAAGUUGCCAGAUUCCAACAGCAUCUUCAGGGAACCGCCGGCCUUUCCGAGGGGUGCCUGUCAGCUCAGUGGAAAUCCCAGGGGUGGAUAUCCUUGUUUCAGCACGUUAAUAAUAUAGUUCUUGUUCAGUCGCUCAGUCGUGUCCGACUCUGUGACCCCGUGGACUGCAGCACGCCAGGCUUCCCUGUCCUUCACCAUCUUCCGGAGUUUGCUCAAACUCAUGUCCAUAGAGUCAGUGAUGCCAUCCAACCAUCUCCUCCUCUGUCGUCCCCUUCUCCUCCCACCUUCAAUCUUUCCCAGCAUCAAGGUCUUUCCCAAAGAGUCAGCUCUUCGCAUCAGGUGGUCAGAGUACGACACCUCUUUUCUUGAACCUGUUUUAAAACACCCACACUGAAGACAUGCGGUUUGCUGGAAAUCGUCAGACGAAGACAUUGAUUUAUUGUUUUUUCCCAGUGUCUGCUGUGUCUUUGGAAACCUGUGAUCCUGUCAUUUCACUGAUAUUUCUGUGCUGUUAAAAAGCCUCAAGAGCAGGAAUGCAUGUAAAUGACCAAACUGCGUAGGAGUCCCUGUGGGGGACGGAAUGUGUCGGAUGGGAUGACUGCUCAGGGUCUCAAUGCUAUGUUGACAACUGCUUUUUAACUCUAGUACCUCUUCAAAAUCAACCAUCUUUUUUUUUUUUUUUCUAAGCAAGGUGUGUGUUUUAACCUAGCAAAGAAGAGUUUAUCCUAACUCCA